GCUAGGGGCAGCGGCGGGAGAGGACGGGGCGAGGGAAGGAGGAGGUUGCUCCUGCGUUGCGGGUGGUGGUGGUGACGGCGGCAGAAGGUCGCUAGGGGCGGGUGGUGGUGGUGGUGGUUGCAGUGAGGGGGCGGGUGCGGUGAGGCGGCUGGUGCUGGUGGGCUUCUCCAAGGGGGCGGUGGUGCUGAACCAGCUGCUGACUGAGAUGGCCUGGCGCGAGGAAACGCUCUUCCCCGCAGCAGCACCACAAGCAGCAGCACAACACCAUCAGCAGCAGGGGCCCGCCACGGGGCCUCAUGGGGCGCAGCAACAGCAGCCGACUAGGACCCUCGGUGCGGCUCCAGGCACAGAUGCGGCGGGGACACCUUCAACUCCAGUUGCCGCAACACUUGCAGCAUCACCAACCACAUCCCUAGCAGCGGGAGCAGUAGCAGCAGCGGCCCCGGCCCUGGUAGCAGCGGUACCCACCGCUGCUGCGUCCACUGCCCCCCUCGCUUGCUGCUCCUCCUCCUCGCCCCCGCCCCCGCCCGCUGGCAACCCUGCAGCGGCAGCGGCAGUGGCGGCGCUGCUGGACUCCGUGAGCGCCGUACACUUCCUGGACGCCGGCCUCAACUGCCGCGGUGUACACCUCACCGACCCCGCCGUGGUCUCACAGCUGGGGCGGCGCCACACGCGGGUGCCGCUUGCCGUACACCUGCAUGGGACACCGCGACAGUGGGGCGACCGCCGGCGGCCCUGGGUCGUCUCCGAGCGGGACCGCUUCCUGGCGCUGCUGCGGGGCGCGGGUGUGCCCUGCAGCCUGCAGCACUACUUCCAGGGGCAGCCCGCCUCCCUCCGGCAGCACUUUGACGUCAUUGCGCACAUGCGGCUGCCUGGCGCCGUCGGGGGUGACGAGACAGGAGAGGCGGGGUUACAGGGCGGCAGCGACGCAGCGGCCCCGGGGAGCGUGCUGAUGCGUGAGAUGCGUGAUGCGGGGAUGUAGAUGGUGAAGGGGUGUCAUUCUUUGGUAGGAGCGUGGCAAUUACGGCAACGAAGGAGGGAAACGACGAUAGGGUCGAAUGCGUUGGCACGAUGGAUGGCGCCGUGGCAGGAAGCAGAGCAGUGGGGGCUCCCAGCUCGUGGGGAAGCUCGGGUAGCUGUUCCAACACAUCCUGCCACUGCACUUCAUGGCCGAAAGUAAAGGCCGCUGUCUUGAUUGCAGUCGCUGCCAUGGACAGCUGGCACGCACGCAGGCAGCUCAACGGAUGGUACUGACACUUCACUGCAAAUGCUAUGGUGCACUUGAAGUAUUUACCGAGCAUGGACCCAUGUGCAACGCUGUGUAACACUGGCCCUUGAGGGCAAACACAUC